ACCUCAAAUCUCGUGUGCUUUGCUUUUGACAGUAUAGCUCAAAGCACACAUUCACACAACAAAUCUCCAUCUGAAAUUGAUUAGUAUAAUAUAGUUCAUAUAUUUUCUGGAUCGGAAUUUGUGAGAUUGAAAUUGAUACAUACAUAUAUGGCGACGAUGAAUAACAAUUAUGACAACGGCGGUGAAAUCAUGGGGAGAAGACCCAAAACAAAAAUUGUAUGUACCCUUGGACCGGCGUCACGCUCCGUGCCGAUGGUGGAAAAGCUCCUUCGUGCCGGUAUGAACGUGGCCCGAUUCAAUUUCUCUCACGGAUCUCACGAGUACCAUCAGGAGACUCUCGAUAAUCUCCGAGAGGCUAUGGAGAAUACUGGAAUCCUCUGCGCCGUCAUGCUAGACACCAAGGGUCCAGAAAUUCGAACUGGGUUUUUGAAAGAUGGUAAGCCUGUUCAGCUGAAACAGGGCCAGGAGAUCACAAUUUCUACUGAUUAUAGCAUCAAGGGCGAUGAGAACACCAUCUGCAUGAGCUACAAAAAGUUACCUGUGGAUGUAAAGCCAGGGAGUGUGAUACUAUGUGCAGAUGGCACAAUCUCAUUCAAUGUUUUGUCUUGUGACAAAGAGAAAGGCUUAGUUCGAUGCCGCUGUGAGAACACAGCUGUUCUUGGUGAGAGAAAGAAUGUAAAUCUCCCUGGGGUUAUUGUGGAUCUCCCAACUUUGACGGAGAAAGACAAGGAAGAUAUCUUAAAGUGGGGGGUUCCCAAUAAAAUUGACAUGAUUGCUCUUUCUUUUGUUCGCAAAGGUUCAGAUCUCGUGGAGGUUCGAAAGUUGCUAGGUGAACAUGCCAAAACCAUCCUUCUUAUGUCAAAGGUUGAAAAUCAAGAAGGAGUGGCAAAUUUUGAUGAUAUUCUGGCAAACUCGGAUGCAUUCAUGGUGGCACGUGGUGAUCUGGGGAUGGAAAUUCCCAUCGAGAAAAUAUUUUUAGCUCAAAAGGUGAUGAUUUACAAGUGCAACAUCCAAGGAAAGCCUGUUGUGACUGCAACUCAGAUGUUGGAAUCCAUGAUCAAGUCUCCAAGACCGACUAGAGCAGAAGCCACAGAUGUUGCCAAUGCCGUUCUCGAUGGAACAGACUGUGUGAUGCUCAGUGGUGAAACUGCUGCAGGAGCUUAUCCAGAUCUAGCUGUUCGUACUAUGGCAAAAAUCUGUAUAGAAGCAGAAAGUACAAUUGACUAUGCUGAUGUCUUCAAAAGGAUUACAGCAAAUGCUCCAGUACCCAUGAGCCCAUUAGAGAGCCUUGCUUCAUCUGCAGUAAGAACAGCUAAUGCAGCAAAAGCAUCCCUUAUUUUGGUCCUAACCAGAGGAGGAAGUACUGCAAAACUGGUGGCCAAGUAUAGGCCGGGCUUGCCAAUAUUAUCCGUGGUUGUUCCUGAGAUCAAGACUGAUUCUUUUGAUUGGUUGUGCAGUGAUGAAUCUCCAGCUAGGCACAGCCUUAUCUUCAGGGGGUUGGUUCCCGUUCUCUGUGCAGGAUCUGCAAGGGCUUCUCAUGAAGAGUCCACAGAGGAAGCGCUGGAAUUUGCUCUUCAAUAUGCUAAAACAAAAGGGCUCUGCAAGGUGGGAGAUGCUGUUGUGGCCCUUCACCGUAUUGGAACUGCAUCAAUCAUCAAGAUUGUGACUGUGAAGUGAUGAAUUCGAGAUUUCUGCUCACUGGGUUUGCGUGUUUCAGAGGGGUUAGAGAUAAAUGCAGAUAAAAGACUACUGGAUUUUUUACUAAUUUUUAUCCUUCAGAGGAUGGACACAACUUAUGUUUUCGUUUGCUUAUUUCUUGUCUUGGCACCUCGUGUUUCAGAUCUAGUGAGCUGGAUCUUUGCUUUUUAUUUGUUAAGUGACUAUAGACAGCAACGUCCACUGAGGCCGGCUGGUCUUCUUAAUUUGAAAACUACAAUAAGCAUUCGAAUAAAAAAAACCCUUCCCUUGCGACUGUUUCA